AUGAGAUCGAGACUGUUCGUGUUCAUAUCUUUGGUGUGCUUGUGUGUUGCAAUUGGCUCAAAUGAUGUCAGGAUUCUUGAAAUUGGUAAGGGCGAGAGGAUUGAGGUGAGAGAGUCUGAGAAGGGAUUGUUGAAGAGAAGAGGUGUAGGAUUUAUUGAUGUCACAGAUCAUCUAAACUGGCCCUGGAGUAAAAAUGUUGACGAUGAGCAUGAUCUGCCGAGUUACAAUUACCCCAAACAGACGUCAGAGGUUGAUUCUUUCGAAAACUUGAGUACCUUGAUUGACAAGGAUGAGAUGUAUAUGAAUCUGGCAAAUUUUUGCAGUUUCUUCACCAGAUACUACAAAUCCCCCAGUGGAUAUGAAUCAGCCUUAUGGCUCUCAGAGAUUAUACACAAUAUUACUGAUGUGAUACCGAAAGGUGCUGUUGAAAUUGAGCAUUUUGACCACAAGAAAUGGAGACAAUUCUCGAUUAUAGUGAGAAUACCAGGGCACAAAACUCCAGAAAAUUUGGUUGUCAUGGGGUCUCAUCUCGAUUCGUUGAAUUUAAUAUUUCCGUCAUGGAUAGCCACCCCUGGUGCAGAUGACAAUGGAUCGGGAACUGUGACCAACUUAGAGGCUUUGAGAGUCUAUGCCAAACAUAUUGCUGAUGGUAAUUUCCCCGACAAUACCGUUGAGUUCCAUUUUUACUCUGCGGAAGAAGGUGGGCUAUUGGGUUCAAUGGAUGUUUUCUCAUCUUACAAAGAACAAGAAAAACUAGUAGUGGCCAUGAUACAACAGGAUAUGACAGGUUAUGUUCGCAAUAAGCGUGACGAACACAUUGGACUUGUCACUGAUUUUACAGACCCAGCCCUUGUUGACUUUAUGAAAGUGAUAAUAAACUCAUAUGCUUCGAUACCAUAUAGAGAAACGACUUGCGGCUAUGCGUGCAGCGAUCACGGUAGUGCCAUGAAGAAUGGGUUUCCCGCUGCCUUCAUCUUAGAAUCCGAAUACAACAAGACAAACCAGUACAUCCAUACAACGAUGGACACUCUCGAUCGUUUAAGCUUCGACCAUAUGGCAGAACACGCCAAAGUUACCUUGGGUGCCGUUCUAGAAUUAGCUAACUGGGAAUUCAUGAGGCUAACGUAG